GUUUGGAGUUCUGCUCAAAGGAAUGCCAUAGAAGAGAUCCACUUCUCGAUGAAGUCAGACUUCAAUGAUGAAUUUCACCUCAUUGCAUUCAGGGAGCAAGUUAAACCUUCGACCAUCUGAGGAAAAGAGUGCUUGAAACAUCAAAUAAAACACAGUUAAAAAUCUACAGAGCAGCAGCGAUCCUUGUAUUUUUUGGUUUAUUGUUUGUCCCCAUUACUGUAAGAGGAGGACCUUCUGCUUAGAUUCCUUUUGAUCUGCCAAUGAUGGACGCCACAACGGAAUAUGGUGACUACGAAUAUCCCUGCGAUAAGGGCAACUUCAACAAAUUUGGAGCACUUUUGAUGCCUAUCUUUUAUUCACUAGUGCUUAUGCUUAGUUUACUUGGAAAUGGACUCGUUUUAGUCAUACUGGUAAAAUAUGAAUAUCUAAAAUCAAUAACAAAUAUAUUCAUUCUUAAUCUUGCCAUUUCAGAUUUACUCUCUGCUAUUAGCCUUCCCUUCUGGGCAGUGCACCAUUCACAGGGAUGGAUCUUUGGAAAUGUGAUGUGCAAAAUAAUAAGUGGCAUAUUUUAUGUUGGCUUUUACAGUGGUAUAAUGUUCCUGACAUUGAUGACAAUUGAUCGGUAUCUUGCAGUUGUUCAUGCAGUAACUGCUGUGAGGUCCAGAAAAGUUCGCUAUGCCACAAUAACAAGCAUUGUUGUCUGGUUAGUUAGUAUAAUAGCAACCAUCCCUGAUUUUUACUUUUCCGAAGGAAGAUCAGAUGAUAAUGAUCACUAUAUUUGUGAUAAUUUUUACCCGAUAAAGAAUAUAACUUCAUGGAAACUGUUAAAGAAUUGUCAACAAAAUGUGCUGUUUUUUAUCCUUCCAUUGAUUAUCAUAGUGUACUGCUAUUUUAGGAUAAUUCAAACAAUAUUAAAGUGUAGAACAGUGCAGAAGCACAGGACUCUGAGAGUGAUAUUCACCAUUGUGGUGGUGUUUUUUUUUAGUUGGGCACCAUACAAUAUUGUGAUUUUUUUGAGAUCUUUGGAGGAAUUCCAUAUCUUGGAUGGUCAGGAUUGUGACUAUGACAAACAAAUGGAUUAUGCGGAUCUUAUCUCUCACAGCCUAGCUUAUUUCCAUUGCUGCCUUAAUCCUAUUUUUUAUGCUUUCGUGGGCGAAAAAUUUAGAAGGCACCUCAUUUAUUUCUGUGGCCACCAUUUGCCACAUAAUCCAAUUUGCCACAAGCAGAUGCAUGUCAGCAAGAAUACCCAUGUAGAAUUUUCGGAUGGUGACGAUACAACAAAUAACUGGUAAAAACAUGGAACAUUGAAGAGUGCAGCAGAGGAUCAGAUAGAUCCUUUGUCCCACCAAGGCUGUGUUGAUCAUCAUCCCAAUGUAAACUAAUCCAAUCUGACUGAAUAUGUUCCAUAUCACUUCAUU